CUUGUUUCUCCCCGGACACAUUUAGUCUGCACACCUACCAGAAAGGCGCCGUAUUAUCACGCUUUGACACUGUAGCGCAACCGCGCAGAUGGCGACUACUAAAGUUCCAGAGGUUCGUGACAUCACACGAAUUGAGAGAAUUGGCGCACAUUCACACAUCCGUGGCCUUGGCUUGGAUGAUGCUUUGGAACCAAGACAGGUGUCUCAGGGAAUGGUUGGGCAGCUGGCCUCCAGACGGGCUGCAGGCGUCAUCCUGGAGAUGAUCAAAGACGGCCAUAUAGCUGGCAGGGCGGUGCUGAUUGCAGGGCAACCAGGCACUGGAAAGACUGCCAUCGCCAUGGGUAUCGCUCAGAGCCUGGGUCCUGACACCCCUUUCACAGCGUUGGCCGGCAGUGAGAUCUUCUCCUUAGAAAUGAGCAAGACUGAAGCACUCAGCCAAGCCUUUAGAAAAGCCAUCGGAGUGAGGAUAAAGGAGGAAACCGAGAUUAUUGAAGGAGAAGUUGUAGAAAUCCAGAUUGAUCGACCUGCUACUGGAACGGGUGCCAAGGUGGGCAAAUUGACGCUGAAGACUACUGAGAUGGAGACAAUAUAUGACUUGGGCAACAAGAUGAUUGACAGUCUCAGCAAAGAAAAGGUCCAAGCAGGUGAUGUCAUCACCAUCGACAAAGCUACCGGAAAGAUCAGCAAGUUGGGCCGUUCCUUCACAAGAGCCAGAGACUAUGAUGCCAUGGGAGCUCAGACCCAGUUCGUGCAAUGUCCAGAGGGCGAGUUGCAGAAGAGGAAGGAGGUGGUGCACACGGUGUCCCUGCACGAGAUCGAUGUCAUCAACAGCCGCACGCAAGGAUUCCUGGCUCUUUUCUCCGGGGACACUGGCGAGAUCAAGUCAGAAGUCCGUGAGCAGAUCAAUGCCAAAGUUUGCGAAUGGAGGGAAGAGGGCAAGGCGGAGAUCAUCCCGGGGGUGUUGUUUAUUGACGAAGUCCACAUGCUCGACAUGGAGUGUUUUUCCUUCCUUAACCGUGCCUUGGAGAGUGACUUGUCCCCCGUUCUCAUCAUGGCCACCAACAGAGGCAUCACCCGCAUUCGUGGCACUAACUACCAGAGCCCUCACGGCCUCCCGCUGGAUCUCUUAGACCGCCUGCUUAUCAUAGCCACCUCCCCUUACACCGAAAAGGAGACGAAGCAAAUCCUAAAGAUCCGGUGUGAGGAGGAGGAUGUUGAGCUGAGCGAAGAGGCUCACACGGUCCUAACUCGCAUCGGUAUGGAGACGUCGCUGCGAUACGCCAUGCAGCUCAUCAGCACGGCUGGUUUAGUCUGUCGCAAACGCAAGGGUACAGAGGUACAAGUGGAGGACAUCAAGAAGGUUUACUCUCUCUUCCUGGACGAGGCCAGAUCUUCUCAGUACAUGAAGGAGUAUCAAGACUCCUUUCUCUUUAAUGAAACACAAACAACAGCAAUGGAAACCUCGUAACAACCUCUCAAUUCCCGCUUCACAUUUUUUAACUCAUUGCCUGUGAAAUCCAUUUGAAUUGAGAUGACUGGCAUUGGGUAAUCAUGUUUCAAUGCCAUGAACGGAACAUUACGUUCAAUGUGGGUUGGACGUCUCACGCCAUCAAUGGCAUUCAAUGAGUUAUCUUUUGAAGCCUUUGCCUUUAAUUUGAAUAAAACAAGUGAGUGACCUGCGAUGUUACAAAUGUUUUGGCAGUCGUACAGUUAGUAUAUUACGUUUCUAUUCUUUGUUUUUAUAUCAUUUCUGAUGCGUUUCCAUGAUUUGCACUCGUACGUCACAUAAAAGACCAAUAAAAAGUCUUAAA